GGCGGGGCGGCGGACACCGGCCGUGGCGGGGCUGCGGGGCAGCGGCCAUGGAGCGGCGCGAGCAGCCCGUGGUGCAGGUGCCGAGCCUGGACGGCGUGACGCGGGAGCGCUUCCUGCAGGACGUCUAUCCCCGGAGAGAGCCAGUUGUGCUGAAAGGAAUGGAGCUGGGCCCUUGCACAACCAAAUGGACAGUAGAUUACCUGAGCCAAGCCGAAGGAUCUAAGGAAGUAAAGAUCCAUGUUUCUGCAGUACCACAGAUGGAUUUCCUCAGUAAGAACUUUGUGUAUAGAACUCUGCCUUUUGAUGUAUUUGUACGAAGGGCAGCUGAAGCCAAACACAAAGAGUACUUUCUUUCUGAGGAUGAGAAGUACUAUUUGCGAUCAGUGGGUGAAGAUGCUAGGAAGGAUGUUGCAAAUAUCAGAAAACAGUUUCCUAUUUUGGCAGAAGAUGUUCAGAUUCCAGAGUACUUUGAGAAGGAACAGUUUUUCUCUAGUGUCUUCCGCAUCAGCUCAGCAGGUUUACAGCUAUGGACCCAUUAUGAUGUAAUGGAUAACUUCUUAAUCCAAGUAACGGGUAGAAAACGAGUUGUUCUGUACAGUCCUCGAGAUGUACCAUAUUUAUAUUUAUCAGGUACUAAAUCAGAGGUGCUAGAUGUUGAUAACCCAGACUUUGAGAAAUACCCACUUUUUGUGAAAGCCAAGCGCUAUCAAUGUUAUCUGGAAGCAGGAGAUGUGUUAUUUAUUCCAGCUAUGUGGUUCCACAAUGUAAUUUCUGAGGAAUUUGGAGUGGCACUGAAUGUCUUCUGGAAACACCUUCCUGCUGAGUGCUACGAUAAGAGUGACACUUAUGGAAAUAAAGAUCCCACAGCAGCCUCUAGAGCUAUACAGAUCUUGGACAGGGCCUUGAAAACACUUGAAGAACUACCUGAAGAAUACAGGGAUUUCUAUGCUCGAAGGAUGGUGUUACGGAUCCAAGAAAAAGCCUAUAGGAAUGAUUAUGGAUAAAAUAAUGCAUUGUAACUCACAGUCUCCUGUGAAAGUAGAGAACUAUGUGUUAAUACAGAUACUGUGUGUACAUGAACACACUUUCUGUAAGGCUAAAAAGCAAUGUUGAUAAACUUUUAAAAUACAUAACGGUUUACCUUGUAGAAUGUUUUGUUCUUCCUUAUGUGACAUGCACAAUCCCUUUUCUACAACGAGGCACAUAUCAGCAGUGCCUGCACUUUUAAAUCUACUUUUUUGAAGCAAUUUACAUACAUCUUUUUGAAAUAAAGUUUUGGUAUCUGGACA